AUGGCGGCGGAGAAUACGGCGUUCUCCUCAUCUGGAGAAGAGGUCAUCCAUGCCUCGAUUGAGAUCUCUGACGCCGAACUGCCUGACUCUGUCGACGACCUUGACUCAUACUUCGAUAUUCCUUGGACUGCUGACGAAAUCAUAGCUGGCGGCUGGAAACGUACGGCACUACAAUUUCCUGACGAACUACUACGCUACUCUGUCCCCAUCUAUCGCUCUCUCAUGUCUCGGCUUGGUCCCGGACGCGAGCUCUACGUCCUCGCAGAUACGUCAUAUGGAAGCUGCUGCGUUGACGAAGUCGCCGCCAAGCACGCAGACGUGGAUGCGGUGGUGCAUUAUGGCCACGCCUGCAUGAGCCAAACAUAUCGUCUUCCCGUAAUAUAUGUCUUUGGCAAGAAGCAGAUCGACGUCGAUGAUUGCGUGGCCAAAUUUGUGGCACAGUGUCGUGUGGAGGAUCUCAAAAGACCUGUGGUACUGCGCCAUGAUGUGGGAUACACUCAACAAAUACCGCGAAUACUGUCGAAAUUGCGGGCUCAGCUGGACGACUUGGAGGUUCUCUGCGAAGAAACCCCCACUCGCAUCGAUCCCUCUUCAAGCUCAGAACCCAGACAUCGAACUGCAGCGGAGAACGCCACCAUUCUAUACGUUGGCGGCGAAAGUCUGUCUCUCACAAAUUUGCUCAUGACGCACUCGACUUGCGAUGUCUACUCCUACCUUCCAAAAUCACGCGAAAUACGCCUAGAGUCUGGCAAAACCAACCGCAUGCUCAUGCGACGGUACGCUGCCGUGCAAAAGGCUCGUGACGCCGAUGUCUUCGGUAUUUUGGUCGGGACAUUGGGAGUUGCCUCUUACCUCCCGCUCAUCAAACACCUCCGCGAAACCCUCAAAAAGGCGCAAAAGAAAAGCUACACCAUCAGCGUCGGCAAGCUCAACCCCGCCAAGCUGGCGAACUUCAUGGAGAUCGAGUGCUUUGUGCUCGUGGCAUGCCCGGAGAAUAGUGUGAUAGAGGCGAAGGAAUUCCUCCGACCCAUCGUCACGCCGUUCGAGCUGCAGAUAGCACUACAGGCUGAGCCAGAUUGGACGGGGAGGUAUGUGCUCGACUUUGAGCAGCUACUAGCGGAGAGCAAGGCGGCGGGUGAAGCACCAGGGACCACCAACGGGACGCACACGCAAGAGGACGCCGAACGACCGCACUUCUCCCUCGUUACCGGCAAGUACAAGCAGGCGAGGAGGUUUGGAGUCGAGGAAGAUACCACCGACACGACCGAUGGCUCGUCUGCUGUCGCCCGAUCCGCGGGAAAUGCGUUGGCGAGAUUGGCGGAUAGUGCUGCUCUCCAACACCUACAGUCGCGCUCGUAUCAGGGAUUGGAGCAGCGGUUGGGCGAGGACGCGCCGAGUUUGCUGGAGCAGGGGAGGAGUGGGAUUGCGAGGGGGUACAGCGAGAUCUGA